CUCCCGGCCUUCAUCUAACUUGGUAGGCCUACGGUUUUCAGGAUGGCGGCACCGGCCGCAAAACCUGUGAUAGAGGCUGUCACCAAAUACACCCAGGCAACCUCACUGACGCGUUUCGGUCUGGUACCCACGCCAAAAAAGGGCCUACCGAAAGAUAAACGGACGAGAUUGCCCAUCCCACCGACAAAUAUCAUAACGAGGCAAUUCGCACCGAGCCGCUAUGAGGAUCACUAUUACAACACGUUACAAGACGAUGUCAUGUACAUGACUUACAUCCACGAACGCGGUCCUCGACCACCACCUCGACAGAUUCGACUAAGAUUCGACCCAGAAGAUCCCUACUCCAAAUACCGGAAAAACCCUCCAGUCGGUGGAUCGCAUCUAGGACGACAGCCACCGCCGCCCUCAUCGCCAGAAAACGUGACGAAGCUGGAAAAGAUCCAAAUACACACCAUGAUCAAGCAGGCGAUGACGAGCAAAAGUGAGGUUCUUGGCGUGAUCAUGGCUCUUCGGGCGCUGUCGGGAGAGACGGAAAAUGGUGGUGGAGGGAAGCAUACAGCGGAGGGCGUGCAGAUCGUGAAGGGAAAAAAGCAGGUUGGUGGCUGGCUGAGGCCUGGGAUUCCUAUUGGUGCCAAGGUCACGAUGAAGGGCCAAAACAUGUACGAUUUUAUCGGCACCCUUGUAGAGUUCGUUCUGCCUCGUCUUCGAGAGUUCGAUGGCCUUGCCCUCCCCAUCGCCGGAUCCAGUCUCAACAAGCCCAGCUCAGUCUCCGGCGUUGUAUCCAUGGGUCUGCCGCCUGAAGCCAUGGGCUUCUUCCCGCAAAUUGAAGUGAAUCAGGAAGCUUAUCCUAGGCAAUACGGAAUGCACAUUCACUUUAUCACAAACGCUCAAGGGAUUGGAGCUCAGGACCGUGCAAGGGCAUUGGUAUCAGGAUUCCAAAUACCAUUCAUUCGUACUAUCCGGCAGUAAAGGAAGCGCUGUAUUAGACUAUCUGAUAAUAAUAUCAAUACCAUAUGCAAUGAGAGUGUUCAAUAAAAAUGCUAAUGAGAGGUCAAGUACGUAUACGAUGCAGAUACCCAAAUAAAGAAUGAAAACCAUGCGAC